AAAAUAUGAUAAUACAAAUUUUCAUAGUAAAAAAUAAUAUACAAAUUGGCCAAAUACAGAAAAUCACUACUGCAAGCAAUGUUAUUUCCCUAUUAAAUAUUCUGAUUUCCUUAUUAAGUUUGGGGUGAAAAUAUCAUAAUGGAUCAAUCAAACUCGAGUGAAUCAAUAAUCGAUCGUGACAAUCAUAUGAUUGUAGAUUAUCCAAUUGAAUCAGAAACCACUGAUAUUAACGAAGUGUUAAAAGAACAAGCUGUUGGACAUAAAAGUGACCCAUCAAAAAUCAAGAUUUGCGAUGAAUUCAUUGAAUCUGAAAAUAAAGCCAAGUUUGAAUUACGAAACUGUCAAAAAAGUCAGUAUUUAUUAGUACAAGAGCUUAGAAAAUUGAAAUCUGAAGCAGAAAUACGUGAAGAUUUAUUAGAAAGAGGUAAUGAAGGAUUUUUUAUAGCAGAAAACCAAAAAAUUAAAGAUGAAAACGAUGCUUUGAAAAAUCAAAUUGAAGGAUUCAAAAAUGAAAUCUACGUUUUAAAUAGUAAAUAUGAAGGAAUGGAAAUAGAACACAAAGCAAAAAUAAAAGAGCUUAGAGAACAUUUCGACGAUAAAAUUCAAAAGCAAUUAAAUGAUUCACAAAAUGUAAUUAAAUAUCUUAAAGAAUCCAUAGAAGAAAUUAAUGAAGAAAUGAAAAAAAGGGAUUUAUUAUGUGCAGAUGCCAAGAAAAGCCUUCAUGAACGAAAUUUAGAAGUCAAAGAAUUUAAGGAAAUUAACUCAAUGCUUCAAAAGAAAAUGGCUAUUCUUAAAAAUAAAGAGACACAACAUGAAAAAAAAAUAACUUUUCAAGAAUCAAAAAUCAAAGAUUUGAAUAUUCUUAAUAAGAAUUUGAAAUUAGAUAAAGAGAGUGCACAAACUUUACUGAAUAAAUCUGAACGGGAUUUGGAAACUGUAAUUAAGGAAAAAGAAGAACAAGAAGCCAAAUACAAAGAGUUGGAAAGUAAUUUUAAAGGGACUCGUCAGAGAAAUCAGGAGUUAAAAAUAUUAAGUGAAAAAAGAAAGCGAGAAAUAGAACGUCUAUGUAAAUGCAAUCCUAGUAAUGAAAAUGAUAAAAACGUCAGUGAAUGGUUUAAAGAAAAACUUGAAAGGGUAGAAAAACGCGAGGAAGAACUAAGAAUUGAAUGUGGAAAAAAAGAAAAUGAGUUUAAGCUAAGAAUAAAUGAAAUUAAAUCAGAAAUAAAAAAAUUGGAAAAUUCUAAAAUUAAACUAAAUCACAAAAACAAAGAACUUGAAAUGACAGUUGAAGGGCUAAAGAAUGCGGUAAAAAAAAAAGAUGAAGAAUUGUAUCAUCUAGAUAAUGAUUAUUAUCAUGAGCUUACUGAUAAAAAAAAAUGCGAAAAAAUGCUAAUUAAAAAAACUAAAGAGUUAAAAAUACUUAACAAAAGAGCGUUUAUUUUUGAGACGGAACAAAGAGAAUUUAGAAAAAAAUGUGCUAUAAAAAAAACUGAUACAGAAAAAUGGAUAAAUAAAAAUAGGACGUUAACUCAUGGUUAUAAAAAUCACCAAAAAAUGAGAAUACUCAGAGAAAAAGAACUAGAACUUUCAAAAUUAGUUCUAUUAAUAUUUAUGCCAACAUCGAAUGGAGCGCGAAUACUUUCAGUAUUGAAUAUUGGAGCGAAAAGCCACUGGAAUUUUUUAAAACACGUACUCAAACCAUUAACGGACCACGGGCAUCACGUCACAGUUUUUACACCAUUCAAAGAUAGUAAUCGACCAAAUUAUACAGUAAUACAACUGACGAACAUAGAACAAGCAGAAGUUCGUAAUGGGAUAGUUGAGAUAGUGGAAGUGUCAAGAAAUCCCAAAUCAGUCAUAUCAUUUUUAAUGAACAUAAGUAGAUCAUGCUGUGACUUGACUUAUGAACACGAACAAAUGAAGCGUAUAUUGAGUUCCGGGCAAAACUCUGGUUUCGACGUUUUAAUUGUAGAACCUUAUUCAACUGAAUGUAUAAAUCACAUAGCUUCCGUAUUAAAAAUACCAAUGAUAUAUGUCAUACCUACUGCUACCAUAAGUCAUAUGGAACGAUCGUUUACAGGGAACAUGCUAAAUCCAGCUUAUGUGGGUCAUAUUGUUUCAUACAAUUCAAACCCUUCUCGUACUUAUUUUAAACGGUUAUCCAACUUUAUCUUGUUUGCUUAUGUAGAAAUGCAACGACUAUAUCAUGAAUUUAAAUGGAAACUAAUGAAUAAAAAACAAUAUUAUAUUGAUAAACGAAUAAAGCCAUCGAUAAUAUUUCAAAAUACACAUUUUAUUACAGAACCUUCUAGACCAUUUGUACAAAAUCUUGUACAGAUUGGAGGUAUUCAUUUGAAUCCACCGGGGACUAUACCAAAAGAUAUUUUGGAAUUUAUUGAUAACUCUCCCGAUGGAGUUAUCUAUUUUACGUUCGGAUCAAUAGUUUUCAUGUCUUCAUUACCCAAUCGUAUUCAAAAAUCUUUUAAAGACGCCCUUUCUCGUGUUCCUCAGCGAAUUUUAUGGAAGUAUGAAGGUGUAAUGGAUGAUAAACCAGACAACGUUAUGACAAAAGAAUGGUUCCCACAGCAAGAUAUUCUUUCGCACCCAAAAGUUAAACUAUUUAUAAGUCAUGGGGGCAUAUCAAGUAUUUAUGAAGCAGUGGAUGCUGGUGUUCCUGUGCUUGGAUUCCCAUUAUUCUAUGAACAACCUAUAAAUAUACAAAAUCUAGUAGAAGCUGGCAUGGCAUCAUCGUUGGAUCUAUUGUCCGUUACAGAGGACUCAUUUUACGGUGCUGUUAUGGAGCUUAUAAAUAACAAGUCGUACUCAAAAAAUGCUAAAAUCGCUUCAAAUAUAUUUAAAGAUCGACCAAUGUCUCCUGCAAAAUCAGUUGUAUUUUGGACAGAAUAUGUUAUUCGCCAUAACGGAGCACCACAUCUAAAAUCAAACACACUCAAUCUAACUUGGUAUCAAUAUUUUUUGUUGGAUGUGAUCUCUGUUAUAACCAUUGGCUUAUUUAUUAUAUUGUAUAUUACCAAGAAAUUAUUAAGAUAUUUAGAAUGUUUAUUUUUAAAAAAAUUGUCAAUAAGUAAAAAAUUAUAACUGUGCAUAUGGGUGACAUAUAGUUUACAAUUAUAUGUUUUGUUUAUAUAUACAACUUUGUGUCAACUUUAUUUUUUAAACUAGUAACAUACUUAUUUAACUAUAUAAUAAAAUAGAAAAAUAUGAAUUGAGAAAAUGUCUAACUGAUAACAAUUUUUGGACCAAUAUUUCAGACGUUUCAAAAAAUUUAAAGUAAUGACUUGAGGCGAUGAGCUACUGCUAUUUUUAUCACUAGACAAUUUUCGGAUUUGCUCUUCCUCUCGCUUAGCUAUAAAAAUGUUGAUCAUUUCUGACCAACAGGUCUAAAAGUUGUUAUCGGGCAGACAUUUUCUUAAUUACCUAAUUUUUUAUUUUAUAAUCUAAUUAAUUAUGCAUGUUGAUGUUUAAAAAUCUAAAGUUGACACUUUUACAAGGGAUGAACAAAAAAAAUAUUUUAUAACCGAUAAAUAAAAAUACAUAUGUAACUAACAGAGUUUAAAAAAAAUUUCAUAAAAACAUAUUAUUAUUUUAAGAAAAACUGAGUGUCAAGUAUUAAAAGGAUUACUUUUUUGAUUUUUUCAUUUGUUUUAUUGCCAUUCAAUGCAUUUUACUUCGUCUAUUCGUUCCAAAAUAUCGUUGUAUAACAAAUGUCAAAUCAUUAAUAUCUUUCAACUAACCAAAAUCUUCAUUAGGUUUUUCCUCGUAUUUUUCUAUAAUAAUUCAUUAUGGUUGAUAUGUAUAUGAUUAUUUUCGUGUUUUGAUGUUAAAAUUAAGAAUUUCCAAAUUAAUUCUUAGCAUAAUUUUCAAUUUAAUUUUUUUGCCGAUAAAAACAUAAAUAGAAUAUAUGUGUAAUAUACUGUCUCAUAGUAUGAGAGUAAAUUAACGAUAUUUUCUUACGUUAUUAUUUUUAAUAAAUUAUAGAGUACAUAGGAUAUACAAGAGCUAAUUUUUUUAUGUAUAUCAUCAACAAACCUGCAAAGUACUUAUGUAAAAAUGUUCAAAUAGUUUGAUUAUUUUAUUUUACAUGUAUCAUGUACAUCAUACGUUAUACAUCAUAAUGGUGUCAACUUGAAAUUUUUAAAAGCAAGACACCUAUUUAACUAGCAUAUGUGUAAGAUAUGAAAUAAUUACAAAAGUUUACAACUUUUAGAUCGAUAUUUCAGAAAUUAUUAACAUUUUAUAUCUAUGUGAAGGUAGGAGUGAGGACGAUAAACAAAUGUAAACAAUUCUAACUCGUCAGUAUGAUAUUUUAAUACAUAAGUUAGUUUUACGCGCAAAUAAUGUAUUUUGAAUAAGUAAAAUUAAAACUAU